CUACAAGCUACAAUGAAGGUUUUAGUUCUUGUCUGCUUGCUUUGGUGUUUGAAUGGUUGUUUUGCUGCAAACGUAGUGAUGCUACCGAUGUUUGGGGCGAGUCAUUAUCUUGUUCUUGCUAAGCUUGGCGAGGAGCUCAAUAGAAGAGGUCACAAGGUCACAAUUUUCGUUGGAGAUGGUGUCCAUCGCUWUGCUUCAGAAGAUCAACCCUUCGUCAAAGUCUUCAAAACAGAAGUGGAACAAUUUGGGGAUAGUGGUACUAAAGUAUUUAAUAAAGAUCUAUCCUUCCCAUCAUUACUGCGACAUCUGUUUGGGAAGCAAAAAACAUAUUGUGAUGAUUUUCUAAGUGAUGGAAAAGUACCAAAGGAACUUAAAACCGCAGAUAUUCUUGUUGGGGAAGCUCUUUUCACGUGCACAGCACUCGUUGCUGCAAAGUUUAACAUUCCUCAUGUUACUGUUAUYGGAAGUUCUUUGAAAUUACCACAACUGGGUUUUUAUGGUAUAUCAACAUAUCCGAGCUAUGUUCCACAAAUGUUCUCGGGUUUAACUCCAAAUAUGGGUCUACUGGAUCGAAUAAAGAACUUUGGGUAYCAUCUUGCAAAAUCUCUUUUAUUGCAAUAUGGCGCGCAUGCGUUCUACAAGGAAGUGAAAACAAAACACAACAUCAAACCUGAAGAAAGCAUUUGGGAGACCCUGGGAAGAGUAGAUUUAGUUUUGUUGGGAAAAGACCUCGUGUUGGACGAUGCCAUGCCUUUGCCGCCCUAUGUAAAAGAAGUCGGUAGUUUUAUGCCUGGUCCUGCUAAACCCCUUCAGCCUGAGUUGGAAUCAUUCAUGUCGAGUUCUGGUGACGAUGGUGUGAUUCUUGUAACGUUUGGAUCGGUGGUUGAUACGUUGGACACAAGAGUCAUUGCAACGAUGAACGAAGCAUUUUCUAAGGUGCCUCAGAAGGUUAUUUGGAAAUUGAAUACAGAUCUUGUAAUGAAUAUUCUUCUUCCUUUCUGUUUUCUGUUAUUUAUGGAAAGCUGUUUUGCUGUAAAAGUAGUGAUGCUACCGAUGUUUGGGCCCAGUCACUACCUUGUUACGGCAAAGCUUGGCGAGGAGCUCAACAGAAGAGGCCAUGAGGUCUCGAUAUUUGUAUAUGAAGGAGCUCAUUAUGCCUCUGAAGCAAAGCCACUCGUCAAAGUCUUCAAAAUUAAGAAUCUAAAUGACAUUGUCGAUCAUGUAAAAGGGGUUACUCUUUCUUCAAGUCCAGGCAUUAAAAAACAGCUUACACAAAUACUUACGCUACAGACAGAUUACUGUGACAGCUUUCUAAGUGAUAAAAAGGUAUUGAAUGAGCUCGAAACUGCUGAAAUAAUUGUUGGCGAUGGAAUGUUCAUGUGUUCAACGUUAGCUGCUGCAAAGUUUGACAUUCCUCAUGUUACUGUGGUUCAAAGUAGUCUCGCAACUCCAUUUAUAGAGUUGUUUGGAGUAUCAACAUACCCGAGCUAUAUUCCUCAAAUGAUAUCCGGCUUAUCUGCAAAUAUGGGUUUACUGGGUAGAGUAAARAACUUUGGAUUUUACCUGGGAAGGCUUGCUUUAGCAGAAAUAUAUGCUUGGUACUUUAGUGGAGUGAAGAUAAAACACAACAUCAAACCUGAAGAAAGCAUUUGGAAGACAAUGCGAAGAGCAGAUUUAGUUCUAUUGGAGAGGGACCUUGUGUUAGACUAUUCCUCGCCUUUGCCACCUUAUGUAAAAGAAGUCGGUAGUUUUAUGCCUGGCCCUGCUAAACCUCUUCAGCCUGAAUGGGAAUCGAUCAUGUCGAGUUCUGGUGACGACGGAGUAAUUCUUGUAGCGUUUGGAUCGAUGUUGUAUACGUUGGACAAUAAAAUCGUUGCAACAAUGAACGAAGCGUUUUCAAGACUUCCUCAGAAAGUGAUUUGGAGAAUAAACACAGACACGUUUGAAGGAAAAAUUGCUCCAAACGUCAAAACUGUUCGGUGGCUUCCACAGAACGAUAUUCUUGGUCAUCCAAAAACCAAGCUGUUCAUUGGGCAUGGUGGGGCCAGUGGGGUAGCAGAAACGGCAUACCACGGUGUUCCAAUGAUCAGCUCACCUUUCUUCGGAGAUCAGUUUGAUAAUUCACUCGGUGUGGAGUACAUUGGUCUUGGUGAGAUGCUUAGCGUCAAGACGACAACUGUUGACCAACUUGUUGAGGUGAUAAAGAAAGUACUGACUGAGAAAAGAUAUAAAGAAACAGCUGCGCAUCUCUCAACCGUGCUGAAAAUGCGACCAAGAACACCUGUUGAAGAAGCAGCAGAGCUUGUAGAAUACCUCCAUGCCGUUGGUAACCUGGCUCAUCUCAAGCCAAAGGGCCUGGAACUACCUUUCUAUCAGCUAUACAUGCUAGAUGUAUUGUUGGUUCUAGGAGUAGUAUUUGCUUUGGUCUUGUUUAUUGUUAGAUCUGUUGUGAAACGAGUGAUUAACGUUUGUUGUGGCGCUGCAAAGAAAACCAAAACGUCUUAGAGAAUCUCUACAUAAACACUGCACUUUAAGGAAAGA